AUGCUAUAUAAAGUUUUAACUUGUCUUUCAUAUUUUGAUAGAUUUGGAGCUGAGGUGAAACUCAACUUCAGAAAAAAAGAGACUCAUCAAUCUCCCUUUGGAGGAUUUUGUACAAUUAUACUAGUUUUUGUUUUAACUGUGAUAUUCACUCGAGGAGCGAUUGCUCUUAUAUAAAAAGAAACAUUCACUAUCUCCUCAAACAAAGUACUUAAUGUUGAUCCUCCAAUCACUUAACUCCAAUUCAGUGAUUUCAUGAUGGCAUUCUAAGCAGAUAGCCCAAUCGCAAAUGGAACCAAACGAUUGUUUAAUUUCAUCCUUACUUCUUAUGUGUAGAUGAUUGAUGAAAAUGGAAAUAUGACCAAAACAUAAACAUAAUCCUACAAUUUAGAAUAAUGCACUAUAUCACAUUUUGUUGAGUUUGAUGAAUCAAACACCUACAAUAAACUGCUAAGGGAUCAAUUGUCUGAUUAUUAAUGUCUACCUCUUAAUUACAGCCUUUAAAUAUAAGGUACCUACAAUUCAAAUAUAUUUUAAUAUGGUAAAAUAUAGGUAACAAUCUGUUCGUCAGAUGAUUGUUAUACAUCCCCAGAACUUCAACAAUUCGAACAACUAGGUUAUUUCAAUAACAGUUUUAAAAUUAACACUCUUAUUCUAAACAGGGUCCCAAAUUUGAAUAUGCAGAGUAAUUACAUCUCUUAUAUUUACUCUGAUUACUACGUCUAAGCUAAAAUUGGAUUAGAAACAAAGACUGAUGUAUUUUUAGAAUAACAACAAUUAUCCAUAGAAAAGUCAGUCAUUCCAGGAAUAAAAGAUCUAGAAGUAGAUUCAGUAUUUUCAUUAAUGGAUAAUAAAUUGUAAGCUUCCUCAGUUUUUACUUCGAACAUUACAAAAGUUGCUUCCUUUUUUAUUAGACUGUCAUAAUCCGAAAUGCAUUAUUAUAAACAGUAUUAUCGAUUUGAUGAAUUGUUUUCCUAUGUUGGAGGAAUCACUUAGUUCCUUGCUACUAUUUUAGGAUAUUUCAUAUUAAAAUAUAAUUAAGCAGGAUUAUAGAUCAAAUUAGCCAAUGCCUUAUAUUAGUUUGAUAUGCCAGAGAAGAAAAAAGGUGAGACAGUGUUCUCCUUUGAAUCACUCGUCAAUAAAAUUUUUGAAUCUCUCAAAUCCAUUGAAGAUGUAGUAUCAAAAUUCAAAACUAGUGCUCAUAGACUUAUCACAUUGACAAGAUUGGCAGGAGCACUUAAAUUUCCUAAUUAACAUGUCUAAUAAACUGAUAAAGUCGACGAAGAAAUUGCGAAUCAAAUAACACUUAGACUAGAAACUUAAAACGACAAUUUACAGUCAGAAAAAUUAUAAUUUUCUCAUGAAAGUAAUUAAACUUUUUAUUUGGAAUAAGACAAGAAGAAAUUUUUAACUCUUAUCAUCUAACUAAUUUUGGAGAGUAGAAAAAAACUCUCCUUUGGUGUUCAUUUUAUUGCGAAAUAAGUUUCUAGUUCUUUGAAAAAAAAUUCGAAAGUUAAUUAUUAAUCCUAAUUAUUCGAAAAGUCUAGAAAUAUGAUAUUGAGAGAUAUGGACAUUCUAGUCAUUAUGAGCAAGGUGUAAGAGAUUGAAAAAAUUAAGCAUGUCAUUUUUAAUAAAACUUAAAGAAAAGUAUUUAACUAUCUAUAAAAACCUGUUGUUUGUGUUAAGGAUAAAAUCAACCAAGUCAAGUAUGAUCAUAACUUAAUUCAAAAUGAUCUCUAACAUAAAAGAGAUGAUGCCUUAAGAUUGACAAUGUCUUCUAAGUCUUAACUUGGAGUGAGAUAAAAAUAUAAUACUGAAAAGAAAUUUAAGAAGCUCUAUGAAGCCUAUGAAAAUUUAGCACUUUCAGAGGAUUAAGAUGAAACUGAAAAAAUAAUGAAUCAACGAUUAUUAUAACUAGUGGAACCAACAAUACAAUACAGUUUCAAUUCUCUUGUAGAAAUUGAAAGAUUAACUAGGUAACUGAGAUAUAAUAAAAAAAAAAGAGUGGCGACUAACGUUUUGAAACCAAAAACAUUUUAAAUAGGAUCAUCAAAUGAUAUUGAAGAGGAUGGAGAAAGAAAUGAUGAUAUAGACUCCUUCACUCUCAAUGGCUAAAAAAAAGAUAAUUUACACAAGAGAUCCCCAUAAAGUUUGAAUGUGAAUAGAUUCAAGAAUUUUAAUAAUAUGUAGAAUUCUCCAAGAUGGCUUAAAGAUGUGAAAUUAAAUCAAGUCUAAUCGAAAUAGGAUUUAAUGGAUAUUGAGAUUUUAUUUUGA